AAUUAAGUUGUUCGAAUUGGACAAGUCAUAAUAAAAAUAUUUCCUGUUGGUUGGCCAAGUUCAAAGAAUAAUAAAUACAUAAUUAGUAUUUGGUGUCCUGUAUAAACCGUCGAAAGAGUUCUGAUGAAUCUUCCCGCCACUUACAAAUAUAGGUGUGUGGACUUUUUCCUAAUUUCCUCUUGUUUGGCUGAAGUUGGUGUGAUUUAGCCUAUAACAUCUAGCUGAGGAAAUGCCUAGAAAAGAGAGUUUCCUUAAAGUAAUCGGACCUCAACCAAUAGGUGUAGCUCAGAGGUCUUAAGGUGGCAUUUAGUGGAGGUAAGCAAGCCGACGUUAUAAGUUUCCAUAGGUCCCCGAUUGAAUAAAGUUCUUAUUUAUGGAAACACAGCAAUAGGAAACCCUUUUCAAUUUCAACAUAUCGAUAAAAUUCAAAAGUAUCGAAUAACGCGAUCCAAUGAUAAAUCUCUAGGCGAUUUUAGUAAACAUCAAUUUAACACAACACUAACAAAAUACUCACACAUGGUGGAACGUCAAAAAUGCCCGACGAAAUUCAGGCUAUAAUGGAAGAUUUGCCGGAAAAUAACAUCGAGGAUAUAGAGGAUCUGAUAUCAGAAGAAGAUGUAAAGCCACGUGAUCGUUAUAAAAAUAAGAAAAGUGUUUCUGUACGUCCUAAAAAGCGCAGUAAAGUUAUUGUUAGUGACUCCAAUGGCGAAUCGGCGGAGCGGCAGUUACCAGAAAGAAAAAUUUACGAGAGUGUUAUACCAGGAACUCAGACCGUUUACGUAAAAACCUGGGGAUGUGCGCACAACAAUUCUGAUUCUGAGUAUAUGGCUGGUCAAUUGGCUGCGUACGGUUACAAUCUGACGAAUCAAAAGGAAAAUGCGGAUCUCUGGUUACUUAAUAGUUGUACGGUAAAGAAUCCUUCAGAAGAUACAUUUCGAAAUGAAAUAAAGUCCGGCAUGGCCAAUGGAAAGCACGUUGUCGUAGCCGGUUGCGUCCCGCAAGGUGCACCCAAAUCGGAUUAUUUACAUGGCCUAUCGGUCAUUGGAGUGCAGCAGAUUGACCGGGUUGUUGAAGUAGUGGAAGAAACAUUGAAGGGUCAUAGUGUGCGAUUAUUACAGAACAAAAAAGAACAUGGAAAACGUGUUGCCGGUGCACGAUUAGCACUACCUAAGGUGCGGAAGAAUCCUUUAAUUGAAAUUAUACCCAUAAACACUGGCUGCCUUAAUCAAUGCACCUAUUGCAAAACUAAACAUGCUCGUGGUGAUCUUGUUAGCUAUCCUCCACAAGAAAUUGUUGAUCGGGCUAUUCAAGCUUUUGCUGAGGGUUGUUGCGAAAUCUGGUUAACAUCGGAGGACACGGGGGCAUAUGGCAGAGACAUUGGGUCAUCAUUACCUGAACUUUUGUGGCAGUUAGUUAAAGUUAUACCAGAACAUUGUAUGCUGCGUGUGGGCAUGACCAAUCCACCGUAUAUAUUAGAGCACCUUGAGGAAAUCGCAAAGGUUCUGAAUCAUCCAAGAGUCUAUGCAUUUAUGCAUAUACCGGUGCAAAGUGGGAGUGAUUCCGUUUUAGGUGAAAUGAAACGCGAGUAUUGCCGAAGCGAGUUUGAGCAUGUAGUAGAUUUCCUGCGUAGUCGUGUCUCUGGAGUAACCAUCGCCACUGACAUAAUUUGUGGUUUCCCUACUGAAACGGAAGAAGACUUCGAGGAAACAAUGGAAAUGUGCGCUAAAUAUUGCUUUCCUAGUCUCUUUAUAAAUCAAUUCUUUCCACGUCCUGGUACACCUGCUGCCAAGAUGGAACGAAUACCAGCAUAUCUGGUGAAGAAGCGCACUAAACGGUUAACGGAUCUCUUUAACAGCUAUUCCCCAUAUGAUGGCCGCAAAGGUGAACAUUACACUGUAUUGGUAACAGAAAUAUCACAUGACAAGCAACAUUACGUUGGGCAUAAUAAAAGCUAUGAACAAAUAUUGUUGCCUAUGCGAAAAAAUCUACUUGGCACUGCGGUGCGAGUACGAAUAACCGAUACCAGUAAAUUCAGUAUGAUAGCCGAAAUAAUAGAUGAUGAAUCUGAAUGGACUCGCUGUGCUGUAAUACAGGAAAAUAAUGAUCACAUUCAAAAUGGCAAAACUAGUACGCAUUCGCAAGGCGGAAAUGAGGAUGUCAUAAGGAAAUAUGUUGGUUUUGGGCUGAUAUUCUUGUUAGUAGCUUUAGUUGUACAAAUGUUGUCGAAGUUUUUGUAGCAAUUUAUACAAGAAUAAAGAAUUAAUAAUAAAGUCAAUAUACAUAAAAGACAUCCAAUUUAAA